AUAAUUUUAAAGUGCGCAUGCGUUUUGCUGCUAAUUUGUCGCCGACAGGCACCCGCGAACGCACUUAUUAUCUCAAUGAAUCCAUUAAAGCUGAUACAUUUAGUCUUCAGAACAACAGUAAUAAUUAUUUAUGAAACUAUCGAUAAAUUGUCAAGAGCUUCGUAAACGUUAAUUGUAGAAAAGUAUUCCUUAUUUCGAAAAAUCUAUUUCAAAUUUGUCCUAUUUAUUUUCGAGCAGUGUAUCAAAAAUAAUGUUGAGCAGUAUAACACACGCUGUUAUGCGCUUGCGUCCGGCUGCAAGGUCUCGAUGCGCAGUGGGAAAAAUGGAACAUUUUUUCAUAACGUACUUCACGGCAAGUGACUAUACUGAUUGUUGUAUAAACCUAUAUACUGUGCACUCGAUACGCAUCGUAUCCGCCAUGUUUUCCCAUAAGGCGCUACAGUAAAACAUGGCGGAUACGAUGCGUAUCGAGUGCACGUAAUCCGGGCCCAGGAAAAAAUUGAAAGCAAAACGCAACCUGAAAACAAGAAGUAUAAUAUAAAAAUGCUAUUUACAAUUACAAUUCCUUGACAAAAUUAUAGAACAUUUUUACAUAUUGGAGAUUGGAGCCAGUAAUUUAGUUUAAAUUCGAAAUGGAGUCAAAUGAAGAUACAAAAAGUAAACAAAAUGUUUUAAUGUAUGAAAAAGAUGGAGAUUCCCUAACCCUAGAGCAACAUGUUAAUGUUAAUGUACAAAUUAAAUCAGAACUGGAAGAAUGCACGUUUGAAAGUAAUGACACACAGGAUUCUUUACUAGACUCAUAUGGUUCAGACGAUAUUAAAAUAGAAGAACAUAAGUUAGAAUGUAGCCCAUUGAGCCCAUUCCCCCUCAUUACCCAGCAAAGAGUUAAGACAGAAAUCAAAAAAGAACCCAAUGAACAUAAUUUAGUAGUAAAUCAUGGAUGGGAAACUCGAUUUAAAACUUGCAAUAUAGAAGAAUUAGACUCUGACAAAGAUGUAAAUUUACAGAUAGCAGCUUCAACUGAGAUUCAUCAUGAAAAACCUUAUAGAAGUAUGAAAAAAUCAAAAUUAUUGUCCAACAUUGGCAAAGAAAGUUUACAUCAGACGGACAUUAAAACGAAAUCCGAAAGAUCGGAGAUAACACACAAUGAAGAAAAGCCAUAUAAGUGUGAAAUUUGUUCUAAGGAAUUUACUUACUGGUGCAGGUUGAAAAGUCAUUUAAGGAUACACACUGGUGAAAAACCUUACAGGUGUGAAAUUUGUUUUAAGCAAUUUAGUGAAGACGGAAAUUUAAAAAGGCAUUUAAGAGUACACACUGUAGAAGAGCCUUACAAGUGUAAAAUUUGUUUUAAUCAAUUUACAGAAAAAGGAGCUUUGAAAAAUCAUUUGAGAGUGCACACUGGAGAAAAGCCUUACAAGUGCGAAAUUUGUUCCAGGAAAUUUACUCACGACGGAAAUUUGAAACAGCACUUAAGGCUACACACUGGUGAAAAGCCUUACAAAUGCCAAAUUUGUUCUAAGGAAUUUAGUAAAGAUGGAAAUUUGAAGCAGCAUUUAAGGAUACACACUGGUGAAAAACCUUACAAGUGUGAAAUUUGUUCUAAGAAAUUUAGUAAAGAUGGACAUUUAAAGCAGCAUUUAAGGAUACACACUGGUGAAAAACCUUACAAGUGUGAAAUUUGUUCUAAGGAAUUUAAUCAAGGUGGGGCUUUGAAAAAUCAUUUAAGAAUACACACUGGUGAAAAACCUUACAAGUGCCAAAUUUGUUUUAAGCAAUUUAGUCGAGGAGGGGCUUUAAAAAAUCAUUUAAGAAUACACACUGGUGAAAAACCUUACAGGUGUGAAAUUUGUUUUAAGCAAUUUAGUGAAGACAGAAAUUUAAAAAAGCAUUUAAGAGUACACACUGUAGAAAAGCCUUACAAGUGUGAAAUUUGUUUUAAGCAAUUUACAGAAAAAGGAGCUUUGAAAAAUCAUUUGAGAGUGCACACUGGAGAAAAGCCUUACAAGUGUGAAAUUUGUUCUAAGGAAUUUAGUAAAGAUGAACAUUUGAAGCAGCAUUUAAGAAUACACACUGGUGAAAAGCCUUACAAGUGCAAAAUUUGUUUUAAGCAAUUUAAUCAAGGUGGGGUUUUGAAAAAUCAUUUAAGAAUACACACUGGUGAAAAGCCUUACAAGUGCAAAAUUUGUUUUAAGCAAUUUAAUCAAGGUGGGGCUUUGAAAAAUCAUUUAAGAAUACACACUGGUGAAAAGCCUUACAGGUGUCAAAUCUGUUUUAAGACAUUUAAUGAAGCAGGAACUUUGAAAAGACAUUUGAGAGUGCACACUGGUGAAAAGCCUUACAAGUGUGAAAUUUGUUCUAAGAAAUUUACUCGAUAUGGACAUUUGAAAAUUCAUUUAAGAAUACAUUCUGGCAAAUAAUCUAUUGGCUGUGAGUUUCGACGGUAGCGCUCUCUCGCGGUUUGAAACUUGUACUUUUCUUAUAAAAUUGGUGUAUGUGAAAUACAGUCGAACCCGCUUAUUAGAGUACCGGUUAUAGGAAUAUCCCGGUUUAUGUAAUAUAAAUUCGAGGUCCCAAAACGUUUCCAUUUACCCUUUAAUAAAUUUAUCCGUUUAUUGUAAUAUGGUUUAGUAACCUAAUACCGCUUUUUAGAAUAAAUUUUUCAAGUCAACAAAUAACUUUUUACGUACAAUUUCCUAGAAAUUUUAAAUUUGGCUGAUCUAAUGGUUUGAUUGCCGUUUUGUAUAUUAUUACGGUUUCUCAGGUACCUACCUAAUAAACACUUUAUUACUGUGUUAGGAUGAGUAAACGCUUCUCUCCCACAGAAAAUUCAAUCGUAUGCCGACAAGGUCAUAAAAUAAUUUCAUUUGUCUACAAAUUUCUAUAGGUACAUUGCCACACACUUGGAUGUUUUUAAAAACAGCAUUUUUAUAUAAGAUUAUUUAUUACCAAUAGUUGAUUGUUUGUUUGGAGGUCUUUUCUAAAACCCAAUUCCAAUUUAUUAGGUCUGGAUCCCGCGUAUAAAAAAAAGUUAUUUAAUAGCAAGCUGAAAAUUUGUUAAUAGCUUAAGGGUGUCUAGUCGGAUAAACUUUGAUAUAUGGGAACACUGGAACAGGGGCAGUUUUAAUUGUGGAACAGGUUAAAAACUUGGAACGGUCAGACCACGAAAACGGCACAUUUAUUUUGUCCGACAGAACAGACUUAAACUCUCCGAACAGAGAUUAAACUCUCAUGCAAAACUCAGACUGCUAUUUAUCACCUGUCAUAAUUCCUGUCAUUUGACAUAUUCUACAUGUUCCACUCAUUAAAACGCCCAUUUGGUGAUAAAUAGCAGUCUGAUUUUUGCAUGAGAGUUUAAUCUCUGUUCUGAAAGUUUAAGUCUGUUCUGUCGGAAAAAUACAUGUGCCGUUUUCGUGGUCUGACCGUUCAAAAUUUUUAACCUGUUCCACAAUUAAAACUUCCAGUGUUCCCAUAUAUCAAAGUUUGUCCGACUAGACACCCUUAAGCUAUUAACAAAUUUUCAGCUUGCUAUUAAUCAACUUUUUUCAUACGCGGGAUCCUUAUAUAUUGUCUAAUCGUUUCGUAAUGAUUUUUGUAAAUAGAUUAUAAAUUUUUAUUGAUAUAAAUAGACCUAAAACCAUAUGCAUAUACAUAUUGACAUAGUAUGUACUAUUAUAACGUACAUUUUAUAGGUACAUUUAUUUCACCUAGCCACCAAUGAUCGGUUAUUAGAAUAUCCCGCUUAUUAGAAUAUUUUUGCUUGGCACGAAGGCUAUUCUAAUAAGCGGGUUCGACUGUAUACAAAACGAGAAAAAUAGAUAUUUAUCGAGAAAAACACAAAUAAUUAUGAACUGAAAUAUUAUUGGAACCUGAUUACUGAACGAAUACACAGAAUUAAUAGUAAAAGUAAUUAUGUUUUUUUAUUUUAUUCAUUAUAUGUAAUUAUAAUAUUUUUAAUAAACAGUGAGGACGUU